AUGACAAGAACACGUUCCGAGACUGCUCAACCGCAGCUACAAGUGCGCAACAACACCGGGCCCACACCAAUGUCAACGCCUGCUCCAGUGACCGCGCCCAUAAUGGAAGCCGCUUCUGAAACUCCAGCUGGCUCAAAGCACCUCCCGUCGAUUCGCUUCAUCCCCCAUCAGGACCCUCGAGCUGGUCGCCCCUCGCUGAUAUUUCCCACCAUCAACCGCACCCUGCCCGACGAGGACGCCAUACUCCGUGUAGGCCGCUACUCCGAGCGUGACAACAUUCCCGAGAUCUCGCCCAACACGCCCUCUGCCGCGGCUAUUGGCUUCAAGUCAAAAGUGGUCAGCCGGAAGCACUGCGAGCUGUGGUGCAAAGAUGGCAACUGGUACAUAAAAGAUGUGAAGAGCUCUUCGGGUACCUUUCUAAACCAUAUCCGGCUCAGUCAGCCCAACGUCGAGUCAAAACCUUUCCGGAUAAAGGACGGCGAUAUUAUCCAGUUGGGAAUAGACUUCCGUGGAGGUGAAGAAAUGAUCUUUAGAUGUGUCAAGAUUCGCGUCGAAUGCAACCGCGGUUGGCAACAGGGUCUAAACACAUUCAACAAACAAACCCAUGCACGGCUGCGUGCUCUUGCUAAGAGCCAAAAGCCAGUCGCCGGCGAUAAUGCCUCGACGCAUACUUCAGAAUGCGCAAUUUGCUUAAUGUCGAUAGCGCCAUGUCAAUCGCUGUUCGUAGCGCCCUGCUCGCACGUCUGGCACUACAAGUGCAUCCGUCCAAUUCUGAACGGUCCAACAUGGCCAAACUUCCUCUGCCCGAACUGCAGGGCUGUAGCAGACUUGGAAGAGGAUGUUGAAGAUAUGGGAGACAUGGAGGACUGGGAGGGUGAAGAGGAGGUGGCAAAUGGCGAACCUACCACGGAUACCACCGCAGACCAAGCAGACCGCCACGUUACGCCACGUGGCUCGGGCGCGCCCAAUAACGGUGAUGAGUCUGACGAGGAGUUUGCCGACCUGCGACAGCAAAUUACGAACAUCGACUUCAAUACCUCAGACACUCCGAACGGGAACACUAACCCAUCGGUACUGGAAACACCACAACGCCGUCUGACGCCUCCCACAGGAUCGGCCACUGUCUCACAACCAGUGGCAAUCAAUGUGCUGGAAGCAAACGAAUGGACUGGCCUCUCGCCCCUGAACCCUACCACGGUUGACGGCUUGACACCCGAUCGCAUCCACGACGGCCCAAUGACGCCCCGAAACGACGCCGGCCCCUUUGUACUCGAUGGAAGCGCUGGUAGAGCCUCGGGCACUCGCUUACGCGACUCUUCAAAUUCGGAUUCUGACAGCACUGGCGCGCUCAGCACCCGCAGCAGCAACGACGCGCCCAGUCUGCCUCCUGUCCGCUUCAACUAG